AUGGGGCCUGGCAUUGUCGUGAAGGAGUAUCUCCAAUCCAUUCGCCGCUUAUUGGAGCACGACAGCAGCGGUACGAUAUGCCCCAGUUGUCGCAUCUCUUUCGACAAGGGCAAACGCCGGAAAUUGAUCGACACCUGUGGACAUGAGCGUUGCUAUUCCUGUAUGUUUCGUAACGAUCAGUGUCCAAUGUGCAUGAAUAGCAAUAGUUCGUUGAAAGAUGUUGAUUGCAAUAGCAAUGCUCAAGGCUAUGACACGGGCAUCGGUGGUUCGACAUCGACAAUUGUCAGCCCUCUGGGCUCGCCGCAGCCACAACUGAGAUCGCAAGUGCAACAGCAACACCAUCAUCAACAGCAACAGUUGCUGCAGCUACAACAGCAACAGCAACAACGUUCAAAUGCUGCCGCAUUGGCGCGUUACAUGCAGCAUAACCGGCAGGAGUCCAUAUCCCCGGAAUAUCAUCGCUAUGCCAGCAUUGGUAAAUUGCCCAAAGCGCUGGCAGCAUCGCAGACAACAUAUACCGUUACAGCGGACAUACACCAAACCGGCAAUAAUAAUAACAAUACUAUUAGCAGCAGCAGCGGUAGCGGCAGUGGCAGCGUCAGCGUUAGCAACAGCAAUACCGUCAGCAGCACAGCAAGCAGCAGCAAUAACAACGCUCAUACUAAUAUCAACAAUAUCCAUUACAACAACACACCACAGUCUCAGUCUCAGCAACAUCAACAUCUACAACAGCCACAUUAUGCCGGCGAUGUAAUCAAUGCAUCUUCAUUUGCCACACCACCGACACGGCGACGUUUCUUUAAUCACAAGAAUUUGCGCAGCGCUCUGACCGGACACCGUCGCACCGCAUCGAAUGGUGGUGGGCCAACAGAUGCCGCUGCAGCGAUACUCGCCGAUGGCAACGAUGAUCAUGCGCUAACUGCUGCUGAGAAGCAAAAAGAUCAAUUGCGUGCCCGUCUCGGUUUGCUGCUGGACAGCGAUCAGAAUGGCAAUACGAACACAACAACCAGCAGCAGCUCGUCGCAGAAUGUCAGCCCCGAACAGACGCUAUCGAAUGGCUGCGCCAACGCAUUUGGCUCUCAACUCUCCGUGAUCACCAAGGAUGACACACUCAGCUUAGCUGGCAAGUUGAAUGCUUUGUCCGUAUCCACGGAUAACAGCGAAGUAUUCCCGGUGAAAGCACGCAAAACAGGCGUACGUCGUUCGGCACGCACUGGCCAAGUGACAGGUGGCGCCGGCAAGCGUAAUGCAAUCUACAAGCCGGCUACGGUACAACCAGUGCAGCUGGCUUUGAAGCCACUCUUUUUCGAAGUACCACUUCCCGAGCCGGAUCCACCAUUUGUUGGACGUCAGUGGCUGCUGCGCGAACUCUCCAACAUACUUACCGGCACCGAGACGCCAGGUGUGCUGAUCAACGGUAAUCCGGGUACUGGAAAAACGGCGCUCAUCUUGCAGUUAGUAGAGUAUUCGUGUUUCGGACGACGCAAGAACAGCAAUAGCACCAGCGAUCCAGACGGCAUCUAUUGUCCCAUCAAUCUUGGACAUGAUCGUAUACGUGCGUUGGCCGCACACAUUGUAGGCUAUCACUUCUGUCAGGCCGACUCGAACCUCACUUGUCUGGUGCCGGAUUUUGUACACUCGUUAGCCGCACAGCUUUGUCAGGCACCACAGCUGGAGGCCUAUCGUGAGUAUUUGCUCAGCGAGCCGCACCUACAGGACAUAUUGAGUGUAAAGGAGUGUAUUGCUGAUGCCGAACGUGUCAUGCGCAUGGCCAUUUUGGAGCCGUUGAUUGUGCUAAAGCGCGCUGGCAAGAUACCGACUAAGACGUGCGUUAUACUCGUCGAUGCGUUGUGCGAGGCAGAGUACCAUCGUCCUGAUCACGGACAUACGAUCGCCACAUUUCUUGCCAAGAUGACGCAACAUUUUCCGUCAUGGUUGAAAGUUGUUGCCACUGUGCGCACGCAGAUGUUAGAAUUCGUCAAAGGCUUAUCGUAUACGAAAAUGACGCUCGACAGCUGGGCCUCCAAUGAUCUGCUACAGAAAGACAUGCUGGACUACAUCACAUUCCGUGUGAACCACAGCGUGGAAAUACAAAACAAUAUUGCUGCUGUGAAGGAUCACAGCAGUGGGCAGCUUAAGUUUAUUGGCCACUUGCAAGCGCUGACGAAGGGCUCUAUGUUGUACGCCAAGCUGAUACUCGACCUUAUCGAACGCGGUCAGUUGGUGAUCAAAUCGACCAGCUACAAAGUGUUGCCAGUGAGUUUGGCGCAAAUCUUUUUACUGCACUUUAAUCUGCGUUUCCCCACCAACAGCAGCUUCGAAAAGGCCGCGCCCAUACUCAAUGUCUGUUUAGCUGCAUUGUAUCCGCUCACCUUAAACGAAAUCUACUACACUAUUUGCGCCAUGAAAACGGACGAGGUGCUUAGCUGGGAUGAGUUUCUGCAGCGCUUCAAGUUGCUGGACGGCUUUCUUAUACGUCGCAUCGACAACACCUAUAUGUUCUUUCACUCGUACUUCCGCGAGUGGUUGAUUAGGCGCGACGAAGGCGAAUCGUCGAAAUUUCUCUGCGAUUUUCGUCUGGGGCAUGCAGCCAUCGCGUUUCGCUUGUCGCGCAUGCAGGCGCCACUCGAUCCAGAGCAGACCAUGGAGCUCGGCCAUCACAUGCUGAAGGCGCAUAUCUAUCGCAACUGUCAAGGACCGCAACUACCGCGCGAUAUGCAAUCAUUCUGGGUCGCUUCAGUCACCGACAACAUAUCUGCAGCGCUCGGCUCGUUACGCAACGUCUACAGUCCAAAUCUGAAAGUUUCGCGUUUAAUACUAUUGGCGGGUGCUUCGCCACACUACAGCACCGAGUUUAUGGGCGAUGCAACAAUACUCUGCAUUGCAGCACAUGAGGGCAUCGUGCCGAUGGUGAGCUUGCUGCUGGAAUUUGGUGCCGAUGUGAGUCUGACGAAUAGCCAAGGCUGUACGCCGCUCAUACUGGCCGCCAUACGCGGUCACGCAGACGUCGUGCGUUUACUUGUCGCCGCGGGCAGCAGUUUGGGUCAGACCGACACAACACAGCGUUGCGCACUCGUGCAUGCGGCGCGUACUGGACGCUUGAACGUGGUGAAAUAUUUACUGGCCUGCGAUUGGACGCCACGUCCAAACUCGCACGAUGUCAGCUUGGCAGUGGGACUACAGCAAUCACUGAUCGCAGCAGCUGCACAGGAUCAUGUCACAAUAGUUGAAGAUCUGCUCGAAAUCGACGGCAUCAAUGUGAAUCUAAUGGAUGAGGCAUGCGGCGAUCUGCCACUAACAGCAGCCGCACGUAAUGGUUGCAGCGACGCGGUCGCCAUAUUGCUAUCGAAAGGCGCACGCAUUGAUGCGCGCAACAAGCAGGACUUCACUGCGCUCUGGCUGGCGGUGAAGGAAGGGCACUGGGCGGUGGUGGAGAAACUGAUACAAAACGGCGCCGACAUCGAUGAGCCGGUGACCGCAGCGCGCAAAACACCACUCAUGAUUGCCGCUGAAGAGGGGCACAUCGAACUGCUGGAGUUAUUGAUCGAACGCGGUGCUUCGUUGGAGGCGCAGGAUGAGGAGGGCUUUACCGCGCUCUCGUGGGCAUGCUUGCGCGGUCGUCAAGCCGCGGCCAAGUGUCUGAUCGAGCGCGGCUGCAACCGCAACCAUGCCGACAACAAUGGACGCACGCCACUCGACUUGGCGGCAUAUCAAGGCUCUGCGGCACUGGUGCUCUACUUGUUAGAGCAGGGCGCCAACAUAGAGCACAUCGACGUGAAUGGCAUGCGGCCGUUAGAUCGUUCCAUUGCAUGCCGCAACAUACAAGUGGUGCAGGUAUUUCUGCGACGCGGCGCAAAACUAGGGCCGACCACGUGGAGCAUGGCCAUGGGUAAACCGGAGAUUUUGGUAGUGCUGCUGAACAAAUUACUGGAGGAUGGCAAUGUAUUGUAUCGGAAAAACCGUUUUCACGAUGCGGCGCAUCGCUAUCAAUAUGCGUUGCGUAAGAUCUCGUGCCUGGAGAAUUUGCUAGAGCGAAGCGCAAUAUUUGCGCAGCUGCGCACGAAUCUGUUGCUGAAUCUGUCGCGCUGCAAGCGAAAGUUAAAUGAACUUGACGAAUCCAUCGAUUUAGCUACGCAAGCCAUUGCUCAGAAACCCGCCAGUUAUGAGGGCUAUUAUGCACGCUCCAAGUCGCGCAUGGAGAGCGGCGAUUUCCACGAGGCGCUCGUCGAUGCCAACGAAGCCAUGCAGAAGGCAAUGCAAAGUGGCGUCUCAGCCGAGGUUGUCGAAGUGCUAAAGCGCAUACAGGCCGAGCUGCUAGCACGCACCAGCAACGAAUCGUGCGCGACAGUAGGAAACGGAGGUGGCGCAGCAGCGCGCGCCAGCGCUAAUGCUUAUGAAGAGUAUGCGCUCAGCUGUGCUGACUUAGGGGUCGUGGGCUUGCCAACGCAGAACGAGAGUUCGGAUCUGUAGCGUGUGCGGCUCAUGUGACACACAAGCUGAAGUGAAUUUUUGCAAAUUCAGAUUUUAUUAUUUUAAAAUUAUUUCGUUUUUUGGUUUUUUUUUUUUAUUAAGUUUAUUUUGCACUGCAUUUCUUUAAAAUGGAGCUAAAGAUUUGGCGCAGCCAGCAUUUUUAAUAUAAUAAUAAUUAUUGAAAUAAAAGUUUUAUUUAGUUAACGUAGCUGCCUACAUACAUACAUACUUAUAAAAAAAUAUUAAGUUUACAUUUUAAAUGCCUUGUAUUUAUUUGUGUUUGUGCUUCUCUUGCAUUUUAUUAUUAUUGCAAAUUUGUGCAAAACUUAAUUAAUCUGCGGAAGAGCAAGAAAAAGCUAUGCUAAUCUGUCCCUAAAAAAUAUUUUUAAAAGCUAAAUAAAAAUUUCUUGCUGCCGGUUUUUGUUCGAUGUUUCACACUCUUUCUGCUAUGUUUCUCCGCUCCGCAAUAAUUCAAUAUAAAAUAUAUUUUAUAAUACUUACGUUAGCAAUUCAUUAAAAUAUAAAAUAAAAAAAUCAACGUUUUCAUCUGCAUGUAAAAAUUCAUUCAAU